AUGGUAUACGGUAUAUCUCUUAAACUCCCAGGAGAAUUCUUUGAAAAGACAUCCCACGACGGAUACGACUCCGAAUUCGCAACGCUUCUAAAGGAAACUAUGAAUCAAUUACGUCCGGUUUCAGGUUCAAACCAUGGCAAAACGGAGACGUUCGUACAACGAGACCUCCAGACGUGCUCACACAUGUUCCUGAGGGGCGAUAACGUACGACCUCCCUUAAAACCACCUUACGACGGACCAUUCAAAGUGAUACGGCGAUAUCUUAAGCUUAUUAUCAUUUUCAUCAAAAACCGACCUGUCCAAGUCAGCAUUGACAGAGUAAAAGCAGCUUACUUGUUGACUGAUGAAAUCGAUCCAACCACGCAGUUUCCGCGAUCUACAUCAUUUCAGUCAAGCCCAGAUGCACAACCAUUACAAACAUUUCAGCAGGAACUCAACCCAAGUCGCAGUGCCUCCAGCGGCAGAGUUAUUCGUUUACCUGUCAGAGUCACGACAUAA